AUGGGGGAGCUCGCGAAGCAGGCCGCAGAGGCGGCGAGCUGGGAGGACAUGUGCCGGGCGAUGGGCAGUCGUCCGACCAAGAAGCUCAGGGGGGUCAAGUCUUUAGGGAAGGGAAAAUACGCUGCCGAGAUAUGGGUCAAGGAGCUGGAGCGCACGGUGUGGCUCGGGACAUUCCCGUCCCUCAAGCUCGCCGCCUGCGCCUACGAGCUCGCAGCCAGGGGAAUCCUGUCGCAGGGGCGCAAGGCCAGCCCCAACUUCGAGGUACUUCCUUCGCCGGCCUUGCGUCUAGAGUUUGAAGACGAGCUGGACAAGCAGGAACUCCACCACCGAAAAGGUUACGGUCCUCGUCCUGCUUGUCUCGUUCGGUUCAGGCCAGAACCAGCGGAGUCCUUCGACCCGGCCAGCCUUUACAUCGCGCCGGUGCAGGCACCGGCAGAGAGCUGCGUCAGCACCACCCUGAAGACGGGUCCGGGGGCUUCUACUUCUUCUUCGUCAGGCGAGGGCCAGAGCGCCUCCGGUGGUCCGUUCAAGGCCCCGAUGUUUAAUCCUAAUGUCACCUUCCUUGCAGAAUCUGUCACUGGUGACAACUUCACCGCCGACGCGUUGUCUCGUGGCGGCCUGUAG